AUGUCAGUUGCAAACUCUAUGGGAGGUCUCCACCAAAAUGGCCAGGAAUACGGUGCCCUUCCAGGGGUCAGCCCAUUGCAUCCCGAAAUCCCCAGCGGAAAGCCAAGUGUUUCGAAGACAUUCGCGUGUCCAGAAUGCCCCCAACGUGCCUUCAAGAGCAUAGCAGCGGUUCGGAGCCAUUUUUCAUCCCAGGGACACGUCUCGACGGUGUGCGUGAAGUGCAGCCGAGUAUUCCAGAGCGCGGAUUCAUUGAUCCACCACCACCAGAAGCACGACGUGCCAGGCAAGCCUUUAUUGUUGCAGAAGGCACCUGCCGAGCCAAUCUCGUCGACAAUAUCGACUCCAAACCCAGGGCAGAUUCCAUAUCGCGGACCGCGUCCCUCUACCAACCCAUCUUUCCAGGCACCUGCCGCCCUGCCAGAGCCAGCCAUUAAGCGUACUCCGAACUCAGCUCAAGGACCGACUCCUGUACCAACGGGCCCGCGGAUUACUGCUUCUCAGUCUUCUCAAAGUUCACGUCAUCCUGUUCACCCCAGAGGACCAGGUAUCAGUGUCAGCUCAUCUUCUAUUAAGGAGAAUGCCUAUCCGAUGAUCCUUGCACUGGAGGAGCAAGAACUAAUCCUUUCGUCUCUGCUCAAACACUGCCAUUCAAAUGACCGUCUUCGGGCACGGGGCUUUGCGCUGGAGUGCACUCCUCCCAUUAAAAGACGAAACCAAGACAAGAAACCCCCAAAGCUUCAAUGCUCGCUGCCACGGGCACGCUUUCAAGCAACGCUGGCUUCAAACCCGGAAUGCAGCAAGAGAAAGGCCAUCGCUCUCGACUGUGAGAUGGUGGAAUGUGGUGACCACAUGGAAGUUGCUCUAUUGAGCGCCGUCGAUUUCCUCACGGGCGAAGUUCUCAUCGACCACCAUGUGCAGCCGACCGCGAAGGUGACCCGUUGGAACACCCGAAUCAGUGGUGUUACGCCUCAAACAAUGAGAGACGCUCGCAGCAAGAGACAAGUUCUAUUUGGCUGGGAACAAGCACGGCGGCACUUAUGGACCUUUGCAGACAGUGAAACGGUGCUGAUUGGCCAUUCUCUCCAGAAUGAUCUGAACGUUUUGGGGAUUUAUCACCAAAGGAUUGUCGACUCCUCAAUCCUUACCAGUGAGGCCGUGUUCCCCGACCAGGCGAACGGGCGCACGUGGGCAUUAAAGACCCUGACCCAGGAGCUGCUCGGCUAUGGAAUCCAAAACAGCAAACUCGGACAUAGCGCUUUGGAGGAUGCACUCGCCACGCGGGGUAUCGUCAUUUGGUGUCUUCAGGAUCCCGAACGGCUCAAAAUCUGGGCGGAGAAGACUCGAGUACAAGAAGAACAACGCGUGGAAGUGCUACGGCAAAAGGCUGAGAAAGCACGAGAGGAGAGGCUGAAGAAAAAGAAGGAAGAAGAGGAAAUGGCCAAGGAGAAAGAUGCACAUGAAGGAGUGCAGAUGAAACCGUGCAAGCCCGGGAAUCGACCGCGACCAAGGAAUAAUAAGCUAAAUGAGGUGAAGCAGGAUGACAACGCCGGCUCCAUUUCCUGA